CCCUGAGAAAGGAAAAGGGCGGGCGGACACGAGCACGAACGAGAAGAGGGCAAACGAGUUAGUCUCAGCCGCCGUGCUCGAACCUAGCGCAUCUACCUGUAUAGUUAAUGCGUGUGAUGCACGGCGCGGAGGAGGAGGAGGUGGAGCGUGGCCGAAAAGCGAGCACCGAUUCCACAACCUAUUUCGAUAAAUCCGCUGCCCGCAAGCGGGCGGAAGACGAAGGCCGAAGCCCCCUGAAUACGAUCACAAUAGUACUCCCCAAACACAUGCGCGCGCAGAGCAUGAAAGGCGCGGCGAGGACAGGGAAAGUGGACAGGAGGACCAGGAAGUGGACGCCGAUGGGGAAAAGCUCGCCACGCCAGCCUCAGGAGCUCCUGCGCACAUCUCAAUCGAUACCGGGCUCGGGAGGUACAUCCUCGAAGGGGUGUCCGCGGAGAAAGUGACUCAUAAUGUAGUCGUGUGCCUCUUGUGCUUCCUCAGCUUCGACGAUGUCCUCGAACCUGCCGCAACUGAUCGGGCUCGCAAACGGAGCGAUCCUCACCAGGAGGCCUGGCGAAGUCGGCUGUGCCGCCGGCCCGGGCGAGGAAGCAGCAGGUGCCCUUUCCUCGGGCGUGUCCCUGCUGCGGCGAGGACCGCUGCGAAUCCCAAGGUCGCGAUUUGCUUCCCGUCGAACGUUCCCAAUAUGGUUGUCAUCGAUAAGGCGGCCCUCAGGGUGAACGAAGACGCACUCAGCCCGAUGGCAGCGGCGGCCAUAGCGGCAAAAAAGACCAGAAAGAAGUGGUCGCGAUGGGGAAGCCGAUGCGCCCGUCUUUCCUCUCGGCACAGGAGGCCCAGGAUGUGGCGAGCGGCCGCGGUUCGCAUCCCUCCCAGUAGAGCUCUCGGAUCCUCCCUCCCAUAUGUCUUCAAAGGACCCUGUACCUAGCUCCAAGCGCCGCCAUUUUGUCGCCAACACCGGUUGCAACCCGUUCAAAUGACGGGCCUACCUCGCUGCAGAUCAACGUCGGAAGCUGGGUCUCCAGCGCGUGCGCAGCAACAUGCGAGACAGACUCCCCCAUUGUUUCUGCAACAACCUGCUGCAUAUCUCCGAUCCUGAUCCCAGAAAUUGUUUCAACUGGUCGUCGAUGUAUGUGCGAGCUUUCUGGCUCACUUCCAAAAAUCGUUGGUCCAUGUACGCUUCGGCUGCAUUCCCAAGAACUCUCUCCGCCCCAGCGGGCAAGUCAGCUUUGGCAGAAUCUGAAGAAUAAGCAAACUCUGCCACAGUCCAAUCUGAAGCAGAAGAUGAGGAGGAGGAUGAAACUGAUCCCACACCCUCCCCGUGAGGGUCGGCGCCCGCUGGAACGUCUCCUGUGAUCUGGAAAAUAUCCGCUGGGGCACGGUGACCGAUCGCGGAGGCACGUUCUGUUGACCCCUCACAUGACGAAGCCGAUGCAGAAGAGGCCACGGGUGAGGAAAAAAAAGGGUGAGGUCCCGAUGCUGAAGCCGCAACCCUAUCCAAGACGGCUCGGAGCGACGCGAUAGAAUUGUUCUGGUCGUUGACUAAAUUCUGAUAAGAUGCCAACUGCGAGUCGUAAGACACCAGAGUGGAAAGCAAGAACUCCGAAACUGAUGCAUACGAAAAUGGCUGAGGGGCCUGCGGCUGAAAUGCCGGAGCCCGUUGGUCCAGGCCGCCUGCCCGAGCUCGCUGCCCAGAGAAUCGCGGCGCACAGACCGUGGCGGAACCCGCAAAGCCGGUAUACGAUACUCUCAUAUGUACCCUCAACUCCUGCAUGAACUCCUCUUCCCAUACGUCUGUGUGGUGACGCAGGAACUGAUGCGAUAUUGAGAUAUGCUGAAGCCGACGCCGCAACGCAGUCGGCAAUCUGUGCCUAUUUUCGUAUGCAGCUCUGUUGAAUCCUGAAUACUGUCGACCAGUCGCAAAAGAAAAUAAACGCAGCGCGCGGCCAGCCAGUGAAGAGACGUGGCCACACGCCUCGUCCAUGGACACAGCGACCGCACUCCAAAUGCGAGAACCAAGCAAAUCAAAUCAAACCAUGCCGAGGCUCGCUUGAACCGCUGUCAAAAAAUGCCGUCUUGAGCCGCAAUGGCUACGGAGGAGGAGUAGGAGGAGG